UGUAGCCUUGCCUCUCAUCUCCUCUCACUUGGGCAGCUAAACUUACCUCAACUCCGCCCCGCCCUCGCCCUCCGUCACUGUCACCUACCAGGCUGCUUCCCUCAGCAACCGUGGCGUCGUCCUCCGGCACUAGUCUGCUCGAGAAGCUGCAGCACUUCCUACCACUGACGAGCAACUUCACUACUGCGACCUUCGAACACGCCGCUAGAGUCGUCGAAAGCCUUCUGGGUGUCUCCCUCACGAGCCACGCUCCAUCCGAGGACCCUGGUACCACCACCACCUACGAGGCGCUGUCGAGCGUCGUGUCCGACUUCGUCGCUGAUCGGACGCCUCUCGAAAACACGUCCAUCUUCCUUGCGCUCGCCACUUUCCUGUUCCUCAUUAUGUCGUGGACGCAGCGCUUCGGUGGAGGCCUCGGCCGCUUUUCUCCCUUCACACGCUCUCCGCCUCAAGGUUCAACCAAAGUCAGUGACGCCGACUUCAGCUACAUCACAGCCGACGACUUGCGAAGACACCAAGCUGAAUCAAUGGGACAGCAACCCGCAGAAGCCGACUACGGCCCGCCUCGCGACACCGACGUCCUUAUUUUGCGCAAUAAAAAGAAGGAGUAUGCCGUGCACUUCCCGGCAUACAGCAUUGCCAAAGGCGAGCUCACUGUGGGCAAGGUGCGAGAUCAGGCUGCGAAGGCGACGCAGUCCGACGCACGCCGGAUCAAGUUGCUCUACAAGGGCAAAAAUCUGAAAGACGAUUCGCGACUAUGUCUCCAGGAGGGAUUGCAAGACGGAGCUGAACUGAUGUGCGCCAUCGCCGAGGGCAUGACUUCACCUAGCGAUAGCGAGGAGUCCGACGACGAGUUUGCCAACGGGACCGGUACGGCAGAUGGUGAGGCCAAGCGUAGACGUAACAGAGGCAAGAAAAGCAAGCGGCGCAACAAGCGAGAUCAAGCUGGAACAUCGACUCCACAAGCCGGUGAGCCUCCGCUUGGCAUGCCACCGAACGGCCAGCAUGCUUCCCGCACGCAAUCGCCUCGUCCACCUGCAACCCCAGCUACACCCCUUGACAAGCUCAAUGCGCUUCAUCAGAAGUUACAGGAGUUCGUCCCCGACUGCGAGAAAUUCCUGGCCUCACCCCCUACGGAGCCUGCGAAGAAGGACUUUGAGCACAAGCGAUUAACGGAAACGAUAUUGACCCAUGUUUUACUCAAAACUGACGGAGUGGAGACUGAAGGGGACGAGGAAGCCAGGGCGAGAAGAAAAGCGCUGGUGAAGGAGACGCAGGCGUGGUUGAACCGACUAGAUGCCGCAAGGAAUUCAUGAGCGUGAGAGUGCUGUUAUGUCUAUACGGACAACCUGCUUUAGCGAUCGACUUAUUCCGGGCGUACGGGAUGGCAUUGUAUUGCAUGAAUGGAGUUUGGGGUAGCGGCAAAAUACAAGUUCGCUUCCCGAUCGAGGACAGCGGAACGGAUCACUUAUACUCUACAGGCGCGGCUGACAGUCCAAAUUCAGAGACCUAUUUCUGUUGGCACAAUCUACCACUAGAGUGCUAAACCCACCGACAUUUGCAGUACGACGUCUCUCUGGUACUGCCAAAUUCAGUAUCACUUCGGCGGCGCAUCACGUACGAGGCGCAAAAGACUGGCGAUCGACAUGGAAAGCUUCCCCACAUUAUUACAGGUACCUUGUUGUUUCCACAGCUCCGAAUCCGCUCCCCUCCCGCAGGCCGCACGCCAACACCUCCAUCCAGCCACACAUGCUUAACAAACACUCCGCAAUUGACGGCAGAGAUCUCUCUUCUCAACUGCUUCUGCUUACCUGAGAGCACUAUUAGUACUGGGCGCGUAGCAGCAGUCGCCUGCUGUUCCGGGUCACAAGUCUGUCUCACCUAUACCACUCUCGCUCGGGCACGAGAGCUCAUAGGUCUCUGUUCACGAUCCUGCCGCCGCACCUGUCUCAGCAAAGCCGAGAAACCAUUGACUAGUAGUGAGUAUAUCGGUCCCACUCGCCCAUCAUGUCGUCGUCGUCGACGGCCAUGCAACGACUCUCCACGCUGGCUGCACACCUCGUUCCAGCUUCGAGCUCUCCUACAAUGGCCGACAACAGCACGACCGACACAAUGGCGAGCAAUGGCGUCCAGCGAGCCCACCACAUUCACCAGCUCAGUCCGACGUUCUUCCUACCCAGAGCAGCUGCAAUCGAACCCAACGCUAUUGCCUCCGUACACAAGACCGCCAACGGUAAAAUGCUGCGAAGGACAUAUCAAGAAACUGCCGACCGAGCCAGGGGAUUGGCAUACUAUUUGAAGAAGCAUGGAUUCAAGCGGGUGGGCAUACUUUGCACAAAUACUCCAGCCUUCUUGGAGUCAAUAUACGGCAUCGGCGGUGCUGCAGCUGUCAAUGUAGCUAUCAAUUACCGGCUCAAAAUGGACGACAUCACCUAUAUCUUCGAUCACGCCGAGGUCGACCUCAUUAUUGUCGACGCUGAAUUCCGACAUUUACUCGAUGGAUAUAGAAAGAAUCACCCCAAUGUCCCAUUCAUCGUUGAUACAGACACCGAUCAAGGCACCGGCGAGUUCGAUCGUGUAGUCCAACAAGGCCUCGAAAUCGACCAGCAAUCUGGGAACCAAGGCUGGGCAGGCCUACAGACUGAAGUUGCUGACGAAGACAGCCUGAUCGCUUUGGCAUACACUUCAGGCACCACGGCUCGGCCGAAAGGAGUAGAGUACACGCAUCGUUCUGCGUACCUUGCGGCACUGGGCAAUGUCAUUGAAUCAAACUUGAAUGUUGCGCACCCGAAGGCCAGCCGAGCCCACUAUCUCUGGACGCUUCCUAUGUUUCAUGCGAUGGGCUGGACGUUUCCAUGGGCCGUGACGGCGAUUCGAGGAACGCACUACUGUCUUCGCAAAAUCGACUAUCCUUAUAUCUGGAAGUUACUCAAAGAAGAACAGCUGUCUCACUUCAACGCUGCUCCGACGGUCAAUACUCUGCUUCUCGCUGAUUCCAACGCCGUGAAGCUCGAACAUCCGGUUCGAGUGACGGUGGCGGCCUCACCACCAACGGCUCAUUUAUUCCAACAAAUGGAGGAGCACAAUCUACGGCCGACACACGUAUACGGACUGACUGAGACAUAUGGACCCAUCACCAAGGGUUAUCAACUGCCGGAAUGGGAUAGACUGGAGACCAAGCAGAAGUAUGCCAAGAUGGCGCGACAAGGACAUGGUUUCGUCACAUCCCUUCCUGCGCGCGUCAUCAAGACGAACCAGGACGAAUCUGGAUCGUGGGGAGCUGCGGAGACGAUUGAAGAUGUGGCCAAGGACGGCAAGGAGAUUGGUGAGAUCUGCUUCAUUGGCAAUAUCUGCGCCAGGGGAUACUACAAGGAUGCGGCAGCGACCAAAAAACUGUUCGCUGGAGGGGUACAGCACUCUGGCGAUCUUGCAGUGUGGCAUCCCGACGGGGCGAUUCAGAUUCUCGAUCGAGCCAAGGACAUCAUCAUCUCUGGCGGCGAGAACAUCUCGAGUGUCGCGUUGGAAGGCAUGCUCGUGACACAUCCAGAUAUCCUCGAGGCAGCUUGCGUGGCGGUGCAGGACAAACAAUGGGGAGAGCGGCCCAAGGCGUUUGUCACGAUCAAGGGAGGCAAGAAGGGUCUGACGGGCGAGGAUAUCAUCCAAUGGGCGAAGAACGCGAGUGGCAUAUCCAGGUUCAUGGUGCCCAAAGAGAUUGAGAUUUUGGACGAGUUGCCCAAAACGAGCACUGGAAAGGUGAGGAAGAACGUGUUACGGGAUUGGGCUCAUAACAAAGGACAAAAGAGGGAGGCCGAUGUGUAGAUGUGUGUCGGCUGCAAAAGGAGUGUUUUUUUCCCGUGAGAUGGUGUAGUCGCGUGUGUUAUGCAUGUCCUGUUCAAGCGUAAUCAUCAUAUAAUGGAGAACGACGACGGUUCGCCUUGAGAGGCCGAUCGACC